AUGCCACCAACCUAUCGAGUCGAUCACAGCGGCUCUCUGAUUCGUCCUCCACCACCAGACUCUGGCACCGCUGUCAACUGUGGCGUCGAAUCCUCUCUCCAUGAUUCCUGGGCCUCAAUUGUUGUGGGCAUGAUCAACGUAGCUCGUUACUCCACCAUUCAAGCCUUCGAGGUAACCUUCAAGAGAACCGAUGUAGACAUCGUCCGGUGUAAAAGCUGUCUGGGCAAGUUUCGAUUGCUGGCUCAGCCAGUCGAAGUAGUGAACAAGAGUAACUUAUGGGGCGAUGCUGCGAUAAGCCGUUCGCCAGACGGCGAGAUGAGUGUUCACGAAGCCGGGAGAGACGAUCUUGUUGGUACAGUCGAUGACUUGUGCGUCCGGUGGAGAUGUGAGGUUUUGUUCGAUCGCUUUGAUGAUGUCUCCGACAAUAAGAUUGAGGCCUCCCGUAAGACCUUGAUCUUCUCGCUGUCUUCGUCGAAGGCGAUGACUGUCCCGUUUUUGAGGACUUUGGUCGCCAUGUUGGAUGUCGUCAAGAUUGAAUAG